UCUCUCUCUUUUCUAUUCACUUAUUAUUAUUUAAUACUCAAUGUCACGUUCAUCCGACGAAAACGAACUUUCCAAGAUUCCUGAUCUUUAUCUAGCUGUAAAUAGUUUAGAAAUAUCUACAUAUUAUUUAUUAAUAUUUUAUUCUUUUCUUUAGCAUCAUCGAUUUAUUGUUCAACAUGGACCUGACGAGUUAAAGAAUGAAUCGAAGAAACAACUUUUGGAAGCCAUUCAAGAAAAAAAUAUGGCACCCUUCUUCAAACAAAUCGCUGAAGAACUUCAAGUACCUUUGGAUCAAGCUUUACUGGAACGAAUGGAAACUGCUAACAAGGAACAAUUACAAAAGUUUGAUGAUAGAGUAACAGAUGCUGAACAAAACCAAGGUGAAACGGAAAUCAACGAUGCUCUGCUAGAGAAAGCUGACUAUUAUGCAAUGAUUGGAGACAGAGACAAUGCUUUGAAGGCUUAUAAUGGAUUAUUGGAAAAGUCAAUCACCCUUGGUACUCGAAUCGAUAUUGUAUUUGCAUUGGUCCGUAUUGGCUUCUUCUUUGAUGAUAAUGUGAUGGUUCGCUCGAAUAUUGACAAACUCAAGGAAUUGAUUGAACAAGGUGGUGAUUGGGAUCGACGUAACAGAUUAAAGGCUUACGAAGGUGUAUACUUGAUGUCUAUCCGUGAUUUUAAAGGUGCAGCUAAUCAAUUCAUCGACACUCUCAGCACAUUCACAAGUACAGAAAUGAUGUCAUACCAAGAUUUUGUCAAGUACGCAGUUUUAACCAGUAUCAUCAGCAUGCAACGUGUGGAUAUCAAGAAAAAGGUUUUGGAUGCUCCAGAAAUUUUGGAAGUAAUCUCUGAUAUUCCUUACUUGGAAGACUAUAUGACUAGUUUAUACAAUUGCAACUAUGCUCAUUUCUUCCGUGCUCUUGCAAAUAUCGAACAAACACAUCUUCGAACCUCUCGCUACCUUUAUCCCCAUAUCCGAUACUAUGUCCGUGAAAUGCGUAUUGUCGCUUAUGCUCAGCUUUUGGAAAGCUACCGAUCCUUAACUAUCACAAGCAUGGCUCAAGCGUUUGGUGUAACUGAAGAUUAUAUUGACAGGGAACUAUACAAGUUUAUUGCUGCUGGUCGUCUCAACUGUGUUAUUGAUAAGGUGAAUGGAAUCAUUGAAACCAAUCGACCAGAUGCUAAGAAUGCCCAAUAUCAAACCGUCAUCAAACAAGGGGAUUUGUUACUAAAUAGAGUACAGAAACUUAGCAGAGUUAUUGAUGUUUGAACAAAUAAAGAUUUCCAAUUUUUUUUUCCAUA